GUGGAAAAUGCCAGCAGAUGGCGGGCUAGGAUCGUAGCUGCGUUGAAGGCGCGGCCCCCGCUCCGGACCGCCGGCGACCACCCGGUAACAACCCCCCCCUCCACACACACACACAUCGGGAAUAGCACACCGGAGACUUUUUGAGGGAAACUAGGUCGACGGCCCGCGGCGCCCGGAUGGGCAGCUGAGAUUGCCAACACUCCUGAUCACCCAAUGUGUGCUGGUUUAUAUGACUCCGGAGCAGCCGGCCAGCCUUCUCAAGUGGACAGCCAGCAGUUUUGACACCGCCACGUUCAUAAACUAUGAACAGGGAGCGUAACACUCUGCUCAGACUGCAGACAGCAGUACCCAGUCCUGAGGCUGAACUUGCGGCUACCUAGGAUAUCUGGUAACGUCUGCUGAGCAUUUUCCCCCGGCCCUUUGACUUUCGUCUGUAGGAGAAGUAUUGCCAACACUCCUGAUCACCCAAUGUGUGCUGGUUUAUAUGACUCCGGAGCAGCCGGCCAGCCUUCUCAAGUGGACAGCCAGCAGUUUUGACACCGCCACGUUCAUAAACUAUGAACAGGUUUCCGCUUUUAACGCCAGUUACUCGGAUUCUGGACCCUUUGGGAUUUACACCAACUCGCAGGCUGCCGCAGCUGGAGACAGGUUUUACUCCCUGAAAGUUGCUCCCAAAGUGAAAGCCACGGCCGCCCCUACAGGAGUGCCUUCACAGCCUCAGGACCUUGAGUUUACCAAAUUACCAAACGGCCUAGUGAUUGCUUCUCUGGAAAACUAUGCUCCUGCAUCAAGAAUCGGUUUAUUCAUUAAAGCCGGCAGCAGACAUGAGGACUCCAACAACUUAGGAACCUCUCAUCUGCUUCGUCUUGCCUCCAGUUUGACUACUAAAGGAGCUUCAUCUUUCAAGAUAACCCGUGGAAUCGAAGCAGUUGGUGGUAAAUUAAGUGUGACUUCAACCAGGGAAAGCAUGGCCUACACUGUGGAAUGCCUGCGGGACCAUGUUGAUGUUCUAAUGGAAUUCCUGCUCAAUGUCACCACAUCACCAGAAUUUCGUCGUUGGGAAGUGGCUGCCCUUCAGUCUCAGCUAAGGAUUGACAAAGCUGUAGCUUUUCAGAAUCCACAGGCUCAUGUCCUUGAAAAUCUGCAUGCUGCAGCUUACCGAAAUGCCUUGGCCAAUUCCCUGUAUUGUCCUGAUUAUAGGAUUGGAAAAGUGACACCAGAUGAGUUGCAUUACUUUGUUCAGAACCAUUUCACAAGUGCGAGAAUGGCUUUGGUUGGACUUGGUGUGAGUCACCCUGUUCUAAAGCAAGUUGCAGAACAGUUUCUCAACAUGAGGGGUGGGCUUGGUUUACCUGGUGCAAAGGCCAAGUACCGUGGAGGUGAAAUCCGAGAGCAGAAUGGAGACAGUCUUGUUCAUGCUGCUCUUGUAGCUGAAAGUGCUGCCACAGGAAGUGCGGAAGCAAAUGCAUUUAGUGUUCUCCAGUAUGUUCUUGGUGCUGGACCACAUGUCAAGAGGGGCAGCAAUCCCACCAGCUCUCUGUACCAGGCUGUUGCCAAGGGAGUUCACCAGCCAUUUGAUGUUUCCGCUUUUAACGCCAGUUACUCGGAUUCUGGACUCUUUGGGAUUUACACCGUCUCGCAGGCUGCCGCAGCUGGAGAUGUUAUCAAGGCUGCCUAUAGCCAAGUAAAAACGAUUGCUCAAGGAAACCUUUCCAAUGCAGACGUCCAAGCUGCCAAGAACAAGCUGAAAGCUGGCUACCUAAUGUCAGUGGAGUCUUCUGAGGGGUUCCUGGAUGAAGUCGGGUCCCAGGCACUGGGUGCGGGAUCGUACACGCCGCCAGCCACAGUCCUUCAGCAGAUAGACUCCGUAGCUGACGCCGAUGUCGUAAACGCUGCAAAGAAGUUUGUUUCUGGCCGGAAGUCAAUGGCGGCAAGUGGAAAUCUGGGCCAUACACCUUUUGUUGAUGAGUUGUAAUACUGAAACACAUCUUGCAGGGAAGAGCUGAACAUGUUCUCAACCCAGAGCAGCAAACACAUGAAAGUCAAAGAUCUCUAAUAUAACAUUUUAUCUUUUUGUUUUUCAAUGAGGUGAAAUGUCUUAACAUAUAAAUACAGGUAAUUAUCCCCAGCUGACUUAAAGUAAAUAAAACAUUCUGUUUAAAUGUU